ACAUGAAACCUGGGCCACUUCAGUGGAGUCUGUCCCAUGGGCUCCCACUUCUUCCAGCGCCAAACACCAGUGCUCUGCAGAGCCCAGAUCCCGUUCGGCAUUUUUCACCUCCAACCUGAGACUUUUUCCAACAGAAAACUGCUUUUUAAAAGCAAAUCGUUUCUUCAGCUGACGUCGGAUGUUUUUCUCGGCGGUGCGGGGGGAGAUGCAGAAGAAAUGCAAUUCUCCUGCAUCUGAGAAAAAGCAUCUCUCCAUCUGAGACUGUCACUGGACGGGUCAUGGUUAUGCACUGAGCGUUAAGCUGAAAGACUCUUCUUUUCCACUAGCUUGAACCUUCCGUAAGAACCCUUGCGGAGAGAAAAAACCGUUACUUUUUUGUGUUCCUGCAAAAGACUAAGGAGUAAAAGUUUGGAGAACUGUGCUGAACAUGCGUCCGGUUCUGGUUCUGCUCGGAUUAUUUCUGCUCUCUUCUCCAUCAGCAAGAGCGGAGCCGGAGCUGCUGGAGGAGGAAGAGGAGGAGGAGGAGGAGAGCUCCUGUCACGGCGCCUUUGACCUGUACUUUGUGCUCGAUAAGUCUGGCAGUGUGAUUGGCCACUGGAAUGAAAUCUUUGAAUUUGUGAAGAACUUGGCAGAGAAGUUUAAAAGUCCCAUGCUGAGGAUGUCCUUCAUAACAUUCAGCUCCAGAGCGUCCACCAUCAUGAAGCUAACAGAAAACAGAGUAAAUAUCCAAAAGGGCCUGAAUGCUCUGAAGAAAGAGAAACCUGGUGGGGAUACUCUGAUGGACCUGGGGCUGCAGAGGGCAAACGACCAGAUACGCAAGGAAAACUUUGGGACAGCCAGUGUGAUCAUCGCUCUGACAGAUGGUGACCUGCAAGAGCAGCAGCUCUUCGAUGCACAACAGCAGGCAGAGGAAGCCAGACGUCUGGGAGCGAUCGUGUACUGUGUUGGUGUCAAAGACUUUAAUGAAACACAGCUGGCCACCAUUGCGGACACCAUAGAGCAUGUGUUUCCUGUGCUAGGAGGGUUCCUUGCCCUUCGGGGGGUCAUCGACUCGAUUAUCAAGAAAUCCUGUAUUGAAAUAUUGGCAGCAGAACCGUCGAGUGUGUGCGCAGGAGAGACAUUUCAAGUCGUGGUGAGAGGAAACGGAUUCCUCCACGCAAGAAACAUCGACCAGGUGCUCUGCAGCUUCAAAAUCAACGAUACCAUCACAGUCAAUGAAAAGCCUGCUGGUGUAGAAAACACAAUCUUACUAUGUCCAGCUCCUGUCAUCGAUGAGGUUGGAAAGGUGAUUUAUCUCCAAGUGAGCAUGAAUGACGGUCUGUCCUUCAUCGGCAGCAACGUCCACAUCACCACCACAGAGUGUUUUGAUGGCACCAUCCUGCUGAUAACGCUGCUGGUGUUGUUCCUCCUGCUGGCCCUCCUCUUCAUGUGGUGGUUCUGGCCUCUGUGCUGCACCGUGGUGAUCAAGGAGCCUCCACCUCCUCCGCCUCCUGAGCCUGAAUCAGAUGACGACGAUGGCCUGCCAAAGAAGAAGUGGCCCACUGUGGACGCCUCAUAUUAUGGAGGAAGGGGAAUCGGAGGAAUCAAGAGGAUGGAGGUACGAUGGGGCGGUAAAGGAUCCACCGAGGAAGGGGCUAAGCUGGAGAAGCCGAAGAACGCAGUGGUGAAGAUGCCGGAGCAGGAGUACGAACCUUACGAGCCCAAACCCAAGAAAGCUCACAACAAGAAGCCGCCUCAAAACCGCAAGUGGUACACACCCAUCCAGGGUAAACUGGACGCCAUCUGGGCUCUGUUUCGUCGCGGUUAUGACCAGGUCUCCCUGAUGAGACCCCAGCCUGGUGAUCAUGGUCGAUGCAUCAACUUUACAAGAGUAAAAGACGAUUCAGCAGCAACCAAGGCCCCACCCCGUACUCCAAUUCAUGCACCAUCGCCGCCUCCGCCAGACUACCGUCCCAUUACCCGCUCCACCUCCUCAUCUCCUACCUCUUCCAGCCCACCCACCAGAUCACCACAGUCAGGCCAGGUGCCUCCGGGGCCCCCGCCGUCCCGCACGCCUCCAGGGCCGCCUUGUCCUCCACCAGCCCGUCCUCCACCCUCCCUUCAACCCUAAAUCAUACAGACAAACCUCCUCUGCCCUCCCAGCCCUAUACACUUUGAUAUCACAUUGAUAUUACUACCCGUCUGAGCAUGUGUUUAAUCUUAAAGGAGGUGGUCCUGCUGCCAAGUAUCCUCCUGCCUUAUAGCAAAGACCAGCUGCAUGCUGAGACAUGUGUCUUCCUUCUGUCGUCUGGAAUAGAGUCUCAAGCUAAGCUGCAAGCUCACAAUUAUAGUCGUGUGACAUGCUCUUGUGCCUUUACAUGGUUAACUACGGAUUAAGAAUGUGCUUGAGUUGAAUGCUUUCUGUAACUAAUGCCAAAGCAAAUGCUGCAUAAAUCGAUGGGCAAAAACAUUUCUUUGAACUGUGGUUUAACUUGACAUUCUGUCUCACACAGACCACGUAAUGCCAUUUCUGAGAUCUUGAAAGGAUUGUUGCUGGACAGCAAAGCAAAGAAGAAAGGGAUGUCUAUCGAUGUGUAUUGAAAGAUAUUUCAAAAUCGUCUGUCUUCAUCAACUACUGAGUUUUGAGUUAUUUUUGCCACCUUCUCCAUUUCGUAUCUUUGCAGUUUUGAUGAUCUAGUGCCCGACUUGUUGGGUCUGUCGCAAUAAGUUUUGCACGAUAUAUAAUUCAUAAUUUACUAAGCCAAAAUGUAUUUUUUAAGUAUUUUUAAAAUAGAAUUAUUGCAUAGACCCUUUGCAACUACGUCAUUGAUCAGUUGAGGCGCCAUAUUGGACGUAGUAAGUGACUGAUGGGAGUAUUCUCCAGAGAAGACUGCCGUUGCUUUUGCCAGUAGAGCUACAGCUUGCACUCGUUUAAUUCAAGCUAAUUUGUCUGUGUAUGUAGCUUACCUAGUUGGGGUUCAUAGAUAUUGGUAUUGGCAAAAGUUGGAACUAGUUAGCAGGAAUGGAGGGCUCGAGACCGGUCUUGAGGUUUUUUCCCCCGGUGUUGGCCUCGGUUAAUAAUAAGACGUAAAUGUGAAACUUGCAUAACCAUAGAAACACGCAGCAGCGCUAAAACAUUGUCUUAGCCACACCAGCUUUCAAUUAAGACACAAACUUUGCUCUUUCCAAUGAUCUGAGAAUCGUCGAACUACGAGCAAAACUCACAGAACUAGCAGCCAAUGAAGAGGAAAAACAAGGCUUAUUUCGUCAUGCCAAAAACAUAAAUUCAGUCUUAACCUUCGAUGUUUUAUGGCCAUAAUCCGUGUUAGCGAAAAUAUUUCCACUUCCUGCACUCUGUUGUCCUUGUGUCAUCCCUGUUGGUGAUUUUCGGAAAUCCCACUGGUUCUAUUGGCUCUGAUCGUUUUGGGAAUUCCCCCUGUGAGGCAAUUUGUGUUCCUGUAUGUACUAGGCACACAAAUUAUUAGACAUUUUAACAUGCCUCAUAAUUUAUUAAUAUGUCCAGGAUAUGUUUUAGGAACAGUGAGCUUUUUAACAUCUAAUUAUUUAUGACUUUUUUUUUAAUGACACAUUUUUAUUAAACUAAUCUCUCAAUUUUUUUCAUUUAACAUACAACUAUUGUGCAAUGUAAUCUGAUUAAUUCAGUUUAGGGAAUGUGUAUUAAUGUGUGGCUGCAUUUAGUAACUUAAAUAGUUUAUUAUGACCAGUAUUAAUUUCAAACCAAGAAGUAGUUUUUGUUGAGUAAAUAACUUUUUUUCCCCCAUUAAUUUUUGCAUUUUUGGUGUACAAAAAGCAAUGUCCUGAAAUAUUUGUUGAAGUCAAACAUUCGACUUCAGCCUUGGUUUUGAUCUCGGAAGAACCGGUCUUGACUCCAUCCUUCCUAGCUAGCUUAGAAAGCGACCCGCAAACACUUCGUCCCCUUGAAGUGUUUGUUGAGUUGAUCAAACAAUUCAACAAACACUUCACCGAUUUUUUUUUUUUUAUCGUAAAAAGGUUUACGAUAAAUUUGCCUGAAUGAUUUGUAUCACUACAUCAUAAACGUUGUUUCCCUUCCACCGACACAGACUAAAAAAACGUACAAAAGUCUAUAAGCUUAUUAGGGUUUUUUUUGUACAUGGAGGCUACAUGAUGGUGGGGUAUUUUCUCCAUAGUUACUAAUGAUUAGACGCAUAGCAUCUCCAUAGUGCAAUAUUUGAUUGCAUCUUACUAAUCAUACUUAUCAAGUAUAUUAUUGUCUAUUUUUGUGCCUUACCUUCUUUCCUCAACAAAAGGUUUACGAUAAAAUGACAAGUCUGUUUUGCGUCCUUGUCUGUGCAGCAUCCUAUGAAGUCAACUAAAUAAACGCGAUAUUAGGCUGCCAAUCACAGGUAGUUAAAUCAUGCAUAGGUUGUGUUGACGUCCGUCAUGGUGGAGUGGGUCGGUUUCUGAAGAGCAUCACGUCACGUGCAAAGGGUCAAAUACGCUACGGCUUAAAUAUAUCAGUAUGAAAAAGGUUGUUGAUGAUAAGUGCCAAAUAGAAACAAGAACAGACAAAAAAAUGGAAUCCAGUAGGUUCAACAUAGCGGUACGAAUUAGUGAAAGGAGCGAGCUGACCCAGAACCAGUUAGGCUGAUGAUGUAAAGGCAAGACGUUACGUUUUAAAUGAGAUGUAAAAUGAGACGUGGAUUGGCAAACGGAAGGUUUUGGUGUGGCACUUUUCCGCGUUAAAUGUCACUCAGAGACACCUUAAAGCAGCAAAUACCAGCAAUUUAAUGGCAUAAAUAUUACAGUGUGUGGUUAAGAUUUGUGGCCCAGUUUUAGCUAAUGGGAGGAUAUGUGUUUUUUGUUAUGUAUUUCAGGUGUGUUUUAAAUGUUAUGUUGAUUGACAUGUUUUAGGUUUGAAUUUUGUAGUAAGGUGAGAGGGAAUAUAUCGUUUUGCAUGUUUGUUCCCUUUUUUUAUUUUUUGUUUUAUUUUGUUUUGAUAUCCGAGCGCAUCAUCUGUUGAGCAACUAGAGUAUGUGUUUGUUUUGUUAGCAUCUGGACACUGAAACUAAUGCAAUCAAGCAUCCAGAAAUCAGAAUCAGGUCUCUCUUUUUUUGGUUUUUUGCUUCUUUUUUUUCCUUUUUUUGUAAAACAUUUUUGAUACUGUAUUUUAAUGACGUUCUGUGUAUUUUACGUUUUCAGUUUUGUCAUUCACCACCGGUCACAUUGCAACUGCAGGGCAGUUCAAAGAGCAUCUAAUUUAUUUUACUCCCCGACAGAAAUGCUGGAGAGUAUCGAAACAAUUGACAAGGUGUCUAAUCACUGACAUUGACACUGUGCGAAUUUAAAAACUACAUUAGUUAUCUGUUAAGGAAAUCAUAUUAGGCGUGUCAGCGUUGCAUGGCACUUUAGUUACACUGUAAGACAGGUUGCUUAAACUAACAGGUUGAGUACAAUUUAAUGUAAUUUACAUCUGAGAAAGUUAAAAAUGACAAAAAACGAAUAAUUAAAUAAAACGAUAUUAUCUUUAGGGCAUUAGCACAAAAAGUGGGCUGCAGCGCCACCUUGUCUUAAUCAAGGGAUAUAGCAACUUAACAGAAACAUUACUGUUUAUCAGUACAUAUUCUCGGUGGCAGCAAAAUGAAUCAGGUUUUUUUAAAUAUUAUUUAGUUUUUUUAAUUACUUAAAACAGUUGAUUUUAGCACUGACAAAAAAAAGAGUAAAAUUAGGCCCUGGCUAGAUUGAUUUUUUUUUUUUUUAUUCUAUUUUUUUUUUUAAAAAGCAUGGCUGAUGUUGUCAUACCCAUGCCACCACAGUAUGGGGCCACAAAGUUAAUAUUCACAACCUCAAAAUCUUGAUUUUGGCUAACACAGUAUUACGUGGUAUUUCCCCCGCAAGAGUUUCUUUAGUUUACAGUAGAGGUUUAAUAUUAAGAGAGUCGGAAUGAAGAAAAAGAAAAAAAAAGUUGUGGAAAAUUCCUUCGAAUCCACUCAGCUGGGUGAAGCUGAUAUUGAAGGUGACAGUGAGUCUAUGUGUCAUUAUAUUACGUAUUUUUCAGAUAUCCAGUCUGUACAGAUAUGCCACACACCGCAUUAAAAAAAACCCUCUGCUUUUAAAAAUGUUUUCUGUUUUAAAUCCAAAAAAUUAUUUGUACAUGGAUUGGAGGUGCAAGCAAAGAAGAAACAUGUUUGCAAAAUAUUUGUGUUAUUGUGGACAGUGUUAUAAAGUUAGCAGUAGUAGCGCAGUACAGCUCAGCUCUACAGGAAUUCAGAAAAAUGGUUAUUUAGAUCGCCUGUAGGUAAUUGCAACAAAAUUUAAGGCUUUUUUUGGGGGGCGGGGGUAUUUCUGUUUACUCAUAGGAAAUUAAUAACAACCAUGACAUAAGGUCUAAUCAUCUGGUUGAUUAUAUCUAAAUUGAAUAUUCUUCUAUUAAAAACUUCACCAGUUCUUCCCGCUGACCUGUCAAAGGCUCUAGAGAAGACGUUUGCCACACUUGUAAUCCAGUUUUACAAAGCCUUCUGGGAUUUUUGUUUCAUUUUGCGUAUGUCAGUUAUGAUUUGUAUUAUUUUGAAACAUGGGCGUUUCAGCGAUUUUUGUAACAUGCCAACUCACUCACUGUACUCAAACGUUCCUGUGCUUCAGUUGAAUUAGUUACGAUGUUAUGUUGUAAUCGCCUUGAACAGAACGACACAGACGAGACACUUAGCUUCAUGUCCUUGUCGUUAUUUACACAUUCCUCCUGUUUUGAGUUGUAUCAUUAUCAUUGUCUUUAGCAUGCUUUAAUGACUAAACGUCACAUUACAUGUAAGUGUAAAAACCUGUUGCAUUUUACAUCGUUGUUCUUCAGGAGCUGGAAUUAGCAUUAAGGCUUCCCAAAACACGGUUACAUUAGUUCUUUUGGGGUUUUUUUAUGACAAACUAAUUGAUUAAUUAAAAAAAAUGUUGUUACUCUUUGAAGGAAACUUUUCACAGCUUUUUACAUGAGCAGUAUAACCAGUAGUAUCAAAAACAAUGUAAAAGAUGGUUGAUUUGCUAUUGUUAGCUGAUUACUUUUUUUUACAGUACCAAUAAAGUUUUGCUCUUAACCUUC